UCUCCGCAGACGAUCUUUGCACACCGGAAAGGGCGUGGCCGAAGACGUCGGUACGUGUGUAUACAGAAAAAGGCGUUUAAAACGUAAUAGUAAUUGUUAUUACGCCACUUUGGCAGUGACUCAACGUCGUAUGUUACGUGUUUUGUGACAUUUGAGCACUUUUUUGCCCUUUUAAACAAAACCCAAAAAACUUUUCCGACUCGGGCUGAAACCGCCUGGAACUCGCUGGUCUGUUGGCGGCACGCGCACAGCUGCAGACAUGAACGCAUCAACAACACCCAUCCCCGCCGUCCCUGACAGCACGCCGACAACCUCUCCUCUCAAAGUGGACACCACAGUUGUUGCAGUUGUGGUGACACUGAUCCUGCUGACGGUGGUGAUGCUGGGCUUCCUGCUGUAUCGCUACAUGUGCCACAACAAGGGCGACUACAGGACCACGGGGGAGCCGGCCCCCGGCGAGGACCUGGACGAGGACAACAGACCCCAAGAGGCUCCGGCGAAAAGAAGGAGUAUUUCAUCUGAGACGGCCCGAAGAUGGUGUUGUGGUGACGGGUGAUAGGCGUGCACUGAACUGGGGGGGGGGG